CCCAGGCGGGCCCGGGCUGCCACAGACGCAUGGCCAAUGUCCGCCGCCUGUACUCUAUUAUAUCUCCCCUCUACCGCGGCCGUGCUCCUACGCUGUAUACAUCUCCGCAGUCACCGCACGGCGCUGCUGCACUAUAAUAUCCUGCGUGCGCUACUCGAGACCCGCCGCCCGUUCGUUCGUCGCGCAAACGGUCUCGGAGCGAAUCGCGACUCCCGCCUUCACCGCGGAUUCUGACUUUAACGUCUGCGAGCCGCACCACGGGAGCAUUGGCCGCCUGCCAUUCUCUGUCCACUCCUUACUUCUUGCUCUUUGCACGUACUCGCGGAGACGUGCAGCUGCCUUGCAAGCAGCCGUCCGCACGACCCCACUGUGGUGCACUUGUACGAAGGUAGUCUGGCCCACGCUCCGGAACCGGGGCCCUCGACAACAUGAGCGCGCCUUCGACGAGCGGCGGUGAUCCGACGCUCCAACUUGUGACUUUUGAGAACUUUACUAGCCCUGCCGGAGGAGACAGUCGGAUAGACAACCUCAAUGUGUUCUACAACGCGGGCGACAUCGCAUGGAUGCUCACCUCCACCGCGCUGGUGCUUCUCAUGAUUCCUGGCGUCGGUUUCUUCUACUCGGGUCUGGCACGUAGGAAGUCGGCGUUGUCGCUGCUAUGGCUGUCAGUCAUGGCUACGGCAGUCGUUUCCUUCCAAUGGUUCCUCUGGGGUUAUUCGCUCGCUUUCUCGCAUGGCGCGGGCAAGUUCAUCGGAAAUCUUGACAACAUUGGUCUGAGGAACGUGCUCGGCUACCCUUCGGUGGGCAGCGCACGGAUUCCCGAUCUGCUGUUCUGCGUCUACCAAGGCAUGUUCGCUGCCAUCACGGUCGCUCUCGCCGUCGGCGCUGUGGCCGAGCGAGGAAGAAUGCUCCCAUGUAUAAUAUACAUGUUCAUCUGGACGACCCUCAUCUACGACCCCAUCGCUUGCUGGACCUGGAACCCCAAGGGCUGGACCUUCUUGCAAGGUGGGCUGGAUUUCGCUGGUGGGACACCCGUCCAUAUUGCCUCCGGCACCGCUGCCCUCGCCUACUCCUACAUGCUCGGCAAGCGUCGUGGCCACGGAACGCAAGAGCUGAACUACCGACCACACAAUGUUACGCACAUUGUGAUCGGCACGGUAUUCCUCUGGGUCGGCUGGUUUGGCUUCAACGCCGGCUCAGCCCUGUCCGCCAACAUGCGCGCUGUCAUGGCAGCUGUCGUGACCCACCUUGCUGCCUGCGUCGGUGGUAUUACCUGGUGCCUCGUCGACUACCGCCUUGAGAGAAAGUGGUCCACCGUUGGGUUCUGCUCGGGCGUCAUCGCCGGCCUGGUCUGUAUAACACCCGGAUCGGGCUUCGUGCCAGCCUGGGCCGCUGUCAUCUUCGGUGUCUGCGGCGGCGUCGCCUGCAACUAUGCCACGAAGCUCAAGUACUUCCUCCGCUGCGACGAUGCGCUGGACAUCUUUGCUGUCCACGCGGUUGGUGGCUUCGUCGGCAACAUACUGACCGCAUUCUUCGCAGCGGACUACAUCGCGCAUCUUGACGGCGUCACCGUCAUCCCCGGCGGCUGGCUCAACCGCCACUACAUCCAGCUCGGCUACCAGCUCGCCGACUCCGUCAGUGGUGGCUGCUACAGCUUCGCCGGCACGUGCCUCAUCCUCGGCGCGCUCGACUUCCUCGGCAAAUUCCUCCCCAUCUUCAAGCUCCGCGUGAGCGACGAAGACGAGAUCCUCGGUCUCGACGACGUUGAAAUAGGAGAGUUCGCUUACGACUACGUUGAGCUCACGCGCGAAGUCGCGACCGCGGACGACGUUGACGAGGGCCUCUCGACGCACUCGCUUGAGCAGCACGCCUCGGCCAUGGGCAUGCAUGAGAAGAAUCAGGAGUCAGUGGACUCGUCGCAUCAGCUGGCGGAGUGGGCUCACCGUGCGUAGAUGAUUCCGCUCCGACCGGGAUGGACGUUGAAUACUUUUGCGGCGAUAUACCACUUGCUUUACUGGAGUUGGAGGCUGCUUUUGCUCGGCGGGGGUUGUGUGCUGUGGAAAAUGGCUGGCUUCG